GCAGCCCCCCCCCCCGUCUGAUGGAGAGUCCGUCUUCUACAACCAGGCGUCAGGCCUGGUUCCAGACCGGUCGCCAGUGGCCAACCCUGAACGAACAAGAUCCACAGGGACCUCCAUCCACCCACCUGUCUGUUCCACACCAGUCUGCAUCAGAGGAUGAUGUCUUCUCAGAUGGAUGCUCAGCAGGAAAGAUUGAGAGCUGGCUGCUGGGCUGUGGGCUGGAGACGGACUCAGAAAACUCUAGACAUAAUCUGACUGUUGAGUCUCUGCUGAAAUCGAACAGUUUUGAAGAUGACCUGAGUCUGGGGGCCGAGGCUACAGUAUUAAAUGUUGAGGAAGGAGUCUCAGAACUGGGGAGCUGCCCACUGCUGCUUCCGCCACCCAAACAUCCUCACAGAGGAGUCACCACCAGUACUCCCCGCCAGAGGCUGGCUUUGCCCCUUCUCCACCUGGGUCACAGUCUGGCCUCCAGUGGGCUCUCCAAAAGCACCAGUAAAGCAUCGAGUGUGUCGGAGGCGCUGCAGAUGUAUGCAGAGGAUGCAGAGGAGACUCUGUACCAGUUAGGGUUUGGUUGUGAUGAGCCUGAGGUCACGGCCCGUAUCCCUAUCCGCUUCAUCAACUUCCCCUCCCAUGCCCACGGCAUCAACCUCCGCCUCUUUCUUCAGUCCCAACUGCACCGGCUCCGACAGGAGGACCCAGGACUCUCCCUGGCCAGUCGUUUCAGGCAGGUAGAGGUGCUGACAGCCAUGGCCAACGCCUUCUACUCCCUCUACUCACACGUGUCCCGCACACCCCUCCAGAAACUCGCACCUCCCGAGUUCAGCUUCUCCCCCACCGCUGACGGGCAGAUCGGACGGCGCUUCAUGGGAAGCGUCCGCAGCGAACCGAGGUCUCCAGUGGAACGACUCAAGGACACGGUUUCUAAGAUGUGCCUGUAUACUGGCUCUGGGGGUUCCGCCCGGCUGGGCUCGGACUCUGUCUGCCCCAGACCAGGACUCUCCCCCGGGCCUGGGUCUGGCUCGGCCCCCAAGAAGAGAAGCAGCCUGCCUGACUUGGUGGGUCUAGUCCUGGAGAACACCAAGGCAGAGCCUUUAUCCAGAGACAUGGAGGAGGAUAAUCAGGAUACAGGGAACAGUAAUGAGACGAGUGCUGCUGUGGACACGAUGCUGAAGGAUAGAGAGACAGAGACACAGGGACACAUAGACAGGGAGGGGGAGCAGGGGGUGUUUUCAGAUGUACAGGAUAUGGACACUGGGGAUAGUAAUAAGACAUGUGCUGUGGGCACAUGUAUGUUCAGGGACAGAGAGACAGAGACACAUAGAGACACAGUCAGGGACAAGGAGUUGGAGCAGGGAUCGUUAUCAGAUAGGGAUGGAGUUGAUUUAGAGAGAGAGCGACAUCCUGACAGAACACCCAACCUUGGGGCAUCAUCACUUUCAGAAUCAGGUCAUCAGAGAGAGCCCAGUAGUAGGAAGAAGCUGGACUUUGGCCUUACUAUUCCGAGACCUACUUGUGAGGUUGGAGAAACUCAAAACACAAUUCAUCCCACAGGCUGGGCAACAGUAGUGGCACCGGUCGCCAAGGUUACCCAUGACAUCACCCGUCCUCGGAUCGUUGAGAGUGUUCACCAGGCGCCGUACAGCAGUCAACUACAACAGUGGAAUAAUAACACAAAGGCGUCGGCCAUUUUGUCAUCUGUUAUCUCCUCUGAGAACGUCAGAAGAUCUGACCGAUCCCUCACCACAUCAGACGGACUACACAAACCCGGGGAGGAGGAGUGCUUAACUACCAGUAACUCAGCCAAGAGUUUAGAGGUCACACUAACUCCAAUGUGUAAGGUUGAAUCCAGUUUGGGAGAAACUGGAACACUGGUGGUGUCAACGUUCGUGCCUAUAGAGCUCCAUAGUUGCAGGAAGUCCCCUUGUCUCAUCACUGUUACUGAUGUGAUGCCUUCUAGUUCUUUAGACACGCAUGCACCUGAGAUGAUUCUCCCUCCCAGUGGUGGGACCACAAUGGUGGCUCCAGCAGCCCAGUAUUAUCCAGGUGUACGGAGGAACAAGAGGUACCUGAGUCCUCUGAAACCACCACCAAUCCAGGGGCAGGUCUCCCACGCUAUUCAACAGGCCAACUCCUUUGAACUGGAAGAGGUACAUAGCGCAGGGGAGGAAGACUUUGGACAGCAAGAAACUAUAAGGUCAACAUCUUUGUCACGUUCUACUGUCAGUCAAAACAAAGGUCUGGUGGUUCGAGGGGACAGCAUGCAAUCAGACAGUAGUGGCUACGCAGAUGAAGACGUCUACUCCCCUGACAGAGAGGAGGAGCCGACGGACAGAGAGGAGGAGCCGACGGACAGAGAGGAGGAGCCGACGGACAGAGAGGAGGAGCCGACGGACAGAGAGGAGGAGCCGACGGACAGAGAGGAGGAGCCGACGGACAGAGAGGAGGAGCCGAAGGACAGAGAGGAGGAGCCGACGGACAGAGAGGAGGAGCCGACGGACAGAGAGGAGGAGCCGACGGACAGAGAGGAGGAGCCGACGGACAGAGAGGAGGAGCCGACAGACAGAGAGGAGCCGAAGGACAGAGAGGAGGAGCCGACGGACAGAGAGGAGGAGCCGACGGACAGAGAGGAGGAGCCGACGGACAGAGAGGAGGAGCCGACGGACAGAGAGGAGGAGCCGACGGACAGAGAGGAGCCGACGGACAGAGAGGAGGAGCCGACGGACAGAGAGGAGGAGCCGACGGACAGAGAGGAGGAGCCGACGGACAGAGAGGAGCCGACGGACAGACCCUCAGGGAAAUAUUAUUUAUUUGUGUGAGUCAAACAAACAUAUUCAGCCACUGAAGGUGCAUUCAACAGAUACGGAUUGUUCAUGAAGUAUGAAAAGAUUUGUUAUUGUUAAUGAAAAA